UGUCAAUAGAUGUUUGAUAUUGAGUUAUUAGUAGAAUAUCUACACUAAAAAUUCAAAAGCCACCAGGAGUCAAUAUUAAGCAAGUAAACUGGCUGAACACGGUCCUGAAAAAAUCUAUUCAAGGCUGCCGUAUUUCACAGAUAUAAAGGCGGGGAAUACGCGCAGAGCGUACAUUUCCUUUGGUUGUUUUCAUGAGAAUAGUAGUGUCUCAUAUUGUAAAUUCAACUAGAAAAAUGGCAAAGCAAGUACCAAAAAUCAAGUUCAACAAUGGGCAGGAGUUCCCCGUCUUUGGACUGGGUACCUGGAAGUCAAAACCCGGUGAAGUUACUCAAGCCGUGAAGGAUGCCUUCGACAUCGGCUACCGCCACAUCGAUUGUGCCCAUAUUUAUGGAAAUGAAGCUGAAGUUGGAGAAGCUAUCAAAGCUAAAAUUGCUGAUGGAACCGUCAAAAGAGAAGAAAUCUAUAUUACAAGUAAACUAUGGAACACCUUCCAUAGACCAGACUUGGUCGAACCAGCCAUCAGAACCACUUUGAAGGACUUAGGCCUUCAAUAUCUAGAUUUGUAUCUGAUCCAUUGGCCUUUUGCACUUAAGGAAGAUGAUGAGCUAUUCCCCAAAAAUGCCGAUGGCACGACGGCCUUCAGCGAGGUAGACUACCUAGACACAUGGAAGGCGAUGGAAGGACUUGUCAAGAAAGGUCUGACCAAAUCCAUUGGAAUUUCCAACUUCAACAAGAAGCAAGUGGAAAGACUAUUGGCCAACUGUUCCAUUCCACCUGCGACCAACCAGAUUGAAACUCAUCCUUACCUAAAUCAAGAGAAACUGAUUGCUCAUAACCAGUCUAAAGGGAUUGUAGUGACUGCGUACAGUCCUUUGGGAUCCCCAGACAGGCCCUGGGCCAAGCCUGGCGACCCACAACUCUUGGACGAUCCCAAAAUCAAGGAGAUUGCCCAAAAAUAUGGAAAAACUCCUGCUCAAGUUGUAAUCAGGUACGGAAUUCAAAGGAACCUAAUUGUCAUUCCAAAGUCAGUCACCAAGUCCAGAAUUCAACAGAACUUUAACAUUUGGGACUUCAAGUUGUCCCCUGAAGAUAUUAAGCACUUGAACUCGUUCGAUUGCAACGGAAGAAUCUGCCCAUAUGAUGAUGCCUACGAUCACAAAGACCACCCUUUCAUCAGAGAUGAAUUCUAAGCAGCACUUCACGGUGCAAUUGGGUGCUAGUUUAGAUCACGUUUUUUGUUCUAAACUGAACAUGGCACUAUUUGAUUGUUUGAUUUCAUGAUCAAAAUAACAUUGUUUCAACAUUACACAUGAGCACAGCGAUAAUAAUACUUUUAUCAAUUGUUAAUUUGAAUUUAAUAGAUUUUGGUUUAUAUCUG